GGUUCAGGGUGGCGGCUUUAGCGACGUUAGCGUUAGCGAGACUGUGGUGAAGUGCGUUAUUCCAUAUUCCAUUAUUAACUUUAUUUGAUUUGCACUUCGGGUGUGAAUUAUUUAUGGUGAACUAUAAACAAAACACUAUUCUGAGAAUAAUAAUAAUAUUAAUUAUACUGAUCUAACUGUGCUCUUCAGUUGGUUGAUGAUUGUUGUGCCCGUUUGUUUGUGUUAUACGAAUGCAAGGCAAGUAUACAUUUAUUAUCGAUAUCUAUCACUGAAGAAAUAGUUAAUUAAUCAUUUCACGAUGAGCUGAUAUUACCUAAAUAAGCAUUAUAUGCGAGCAAAGCGACUUUCACGUUCCUUGUUGCCAUAUCAACUGCCAUCGACUUCCACCGCUACAAGUACAGCGAAUCUUCAUGAUGAAGAAGUUGAAAAUAGCGCUACUUUUUAUCCAGAUGAACCCAGUUCAUCUCCGAAUUCUUCUGACAAUGAAGAUGCCCCUUCUCCAAUAUCCGAAUUGAAUGAUUUCCAUUUGAAUACUCAGGAGAUUUUUUGUACUGAUGAAACUGCACCUCUCAAUCACUAUCCCGAUAAUAAUAGUAAUCAUUCACUUGGCAACUCACCCAUCAGCCAUGCAUCAAAGUUGGUUGAGUGGGCACUUCAACAUAAUAUCACUCACACUGCUAUAAAUGAAUUGUUAGGUAUAAUGAAGGACUUUAUUCCUGAGUUGCCAACAGAUGCCAGAACUUUUUUAGGAACUUGUAGGAAUGUUGCAUUGAAAAGUGUUCAUCCUGGCCAGUACCAUUAUUUUGGAAUAAGAACAUGUAUCAACAAUCUUUAUGUACAAUCAUCCCACUACUCACAAGAGACAUCUACAUUCGAACUCAUUAUAAACAUUGAUGGAUUGCCUUUAUCCAAAAGUUCCAGUAGUAAAGUUUAUCCAAUAUUAUGUAGAUUGUCAAAAGAUAAGAUUGUUCAUAUGAUUGGAAUAUAUCAUGGUUAUGAGAAACCAUAGGAAGCCAACUGUUUUUUGGAAGAAUUUGUUAAUGAUGCUCUUGAUGUUAUUACAAAUGGUAUAAUUAUUAAUGGUCAGGAAUUUGAAGUAAUAAUAAAAUCAUUCAUAUGUGAUGCCCCAGCCAAAUCUUCUAUAACAUAUACGAAAGGACACACUGGAUAUUUUUCUUGCACAAAAUGUCAUAUUGAAGGCAGUUAUUCUAAUGGUAGGGUAUGUUUUCCAGAAUCAAAAAAUCUCUUUUUGAGAACUGACAGUGCAUUUAGAUCAAAAGUACAAGCGGAUCAUCAUAAUGGUACGUCAGUCAUUGACAACAUUCCAAAUGUUGAUAUGAUAGACGGCAUCCCUUUGGAUUAUAUGCACUCAAUCUGCCUGGGUGUUGUCAGAAAAUUAUUAAUGUCUCUAUGGUGCUGUGGAAAACCUUCAACUAAAAUUUCUUUCAGAAAUGUAACUGAUAUAUCAGAUUCAUUGAUCAAUUUUGCUAGAUGCAUGCCAUUAGAAUUUAAUAUAAAACCAAGGAGUAUGACAGAAAUAAAACGAUGGAAAGCUACAGAAUUUCGGCAAUUUUUAUUCUACACUGGACCUGUUGCAUUAAGAAAUCAGUUGAAUGAAGAUAGAUAUCUAAAUUUCCUCACAUUACAUGUAGCAUCAACAAUUCUAUCAAAUCAAAAAUAUCAUGAUGCCAUUGAUUAUGCACACUCUCUUCUCCAAUACUUCGUAGAAACAUUCAAGAUUCUCUAUGGACAAGAACACAUGUCACACAAUAUUCAUAAUUUGGUUCAUCUCACAAAUGAUGUAAAAAAUCAUGGGAGACUUGAUGAUUUCAGCGCUUUUCCAUUCCAAAUUUUCUACAGACCAUAUUGGAAUCUAUCAGGAAAAGUGAUAAACCUCUAUCACAAAUGAUAAGAAGAAGGAGUGAGAAAAAUCAAUCAGCUCAUAAAACUAAGCUUACUAAUAUUUCAAAAAAAUAUCCAAUUUUCUCAUCUACUCAUUCAGAAGGGCCAACUUUGGAUUUAAAUAUCAUGAAUCAGUUUAAAAAAGUGAACUUUCAUAAUUUCGUUCUUCAAACUGCUGCCCCAGAUAGCUGUUGUAACCUCAAAAAUGGAAAUAUCAUUGAAAUUAAAAAUAUUGUGUUAGAUCAAGAUCAAUAUAAAAUAAUCGGAAAUAAACUUUCAAAUAUCAGAGAUUUGUAUGACCAGCCCUGUAAAUCAUCAGAAUUUGGUAUUUUCAUUGCUGAUGUAGAUCUUGGACCCUUGGAAAUAUUCAAUAUCAGUGAUGUAAAUCAUAAAUGUGUGAAACUUGAAUUUGAAACUAGCUACAUAAUUUUUCCAUUGAUUCAUACAUCAGAUUGAUUUUUGUUUCAUGAAACAUAAUCUUUGAAACAUUUCUCUUAUGAUUUGAGACACCUUUCAAACAUUUUUUGAUUCUAACUGAAGUAUUUCAGAUUUAUUAUGAAUGAUCAUGAAACACAUGAUCUUUGAAACAUUUCUCUUAUGAUUCUAGACACCUUUCGUAGGUUUCUUGAAUCUUAACAAAAAUAUUUCAAGAGUGUAUUUGUACAACAAUGUAUAAUAUAUUGAAUAUUAAGUUUCAUUUCAUUUUCGGUUUAUUGAGAAUUUUGUUUUUUUGUUAGGUUAUGAACAUGACUGCUCAUUAUAUUUCUACAGAAACCUAUUCAAUUCUUCAUUUAUUUCAUGGUAUAUAUAAUAAGAAAUAAAUCUUUUUUCUUUAUUUUCAUUUGAGAAAGAUGACUGAAGAGAAAACGUGGACAGUAGUUCAAUUUGUAGAUGACACAGUGGAAGCCGUGCCAACAAUAUGGAUACAGGGGGAUUUCUGUCACUGUUCCUCAAUGGCUCCUCCCAAGUUGAUGAUGGCCAUACGGAAAAGUGAACCACUCAAUACAUGUUGGCCUACUCAUAAGAUUGAAGUAUUUAGAAAUGCGACAUUUGGUAAGAUGAAAUUCAUAAUUUUUGUGAUAGAUGCUGGACAAACAAGCGAUCUAGCAUCUGAAAUGGAAAUCUAAAAUAGAAGGAAAAGGAUUCAGAAAGUAUUAUCUUCUAGUGGGAGUUCAUCAGAAGAAUCCAUUCUACCUUCCCCCCCAAAACGAUGCAUGGUGAAAAAAGUGGAUGUUUCUGGCAAUGGUCACCUGAAAAAUGAAACUCCUGUUCAGAAUGUUCAGAUCACACCAUUGCAAGAAAGCUUUACUAUUGAAAAUACUGAAUCUGAUGGAAUUUUUCAUCUGCCACACAGUAAUGUUACUGUACCUGAUAUUACACAACAGGAGAAUUAUUAUUUGCCUCAGAAUACCAUCAAUCAAUAUUGUUGCCAGGGUUGUAAGGAUAAUGCCUUGAAAGCAAAGGAAGACAGGAAGACUCAGAAAAAAAGACAUGGGUCCUUGUAUACGGAUUUUGAAAUAAAUUUUCCUAUAAAUGAUUCGACAGAUUUGGAAAAAUUCGAAGACAUUUUGAAGCAAGAGGAGCAUUUUGAUGCAGCUGUGAUUGAAUUGGCAAAAUUGGGAGGAGAAAAUAAAUACAACUUUGUUAAGAGAGUGAUGUCGUCAUUAUUAAGCAAUGAAAAGGCAACUGAAUUCAGUUGGCUGGGCCGGAAAGGCAAAAGGCCAUUUCAUAAUUUGCUGAUGGCAAAACUUGUCCUGAAUGCAGCAGAAAAGGCCCACGAGGCAAAAGAUCAGAAAGAAACUGAGAAUUCACUACAAUCCUGGCUCGAGCAAGCCAGAGAACGCCGCCAGCAGUCCAGCUCAAAAAGAAUUUGAACUGUAAUCUUUUUUUGUGUUUAUACUUCUUAUUGUAUAUACACCCACAAAUAAAUGUAUAAUAUG